GAUUGUGGGGCACUGACUGUGGUUGUGGUUCUCUAUCGCGAAAAUAUUUUCUAUUGAAUUUAAUUCACACAUAAACAUGCCGGAGUUGGCUGUUGAAAAAGUGAUUGUCCAUCCCUUGGUGCUCCUGAGUGUGGUGGAUCAUUUUAAAUGAUAAAUGAUGAAUCGGUAAAGUUGGAAGUCAGAAGAGGGUUGUGGGUGUACUGCUCGGCUCAUGGCAUAAGAAGGUUCUUGAUGUGUCCAACAGCUUUGCAGGAUGGCACUCCCACAUCCAAGACCUUUGAACAUGUCACCAGUGAGAUUGGUGCUGAAGAAGCAGAGGAAGUGGACGUGGAGCAUUUACUCCGAGACAUCAAGGACACAACAGUUGGCACCCUGUCUCAACGCAUCACCAACCAGGUGCAUGGCCUAAAGGGCCUCAACUGCAAGUUAGUGGAUAUCAAAGGGUAUUUGGACAAAGUUGCCGCGGGUAAGCUGCCCAUCAACCACCAGAUCAUCUACCAGCUGCAGGAUGUCUUCAACCUGCUGCCUGAUGUCAACCUUCAAGAGUUCAUCAAGGCAUUUUACCUCAAGACCAAUGACCAGAUGCUGGUGGUUUACCUGGCUUCACUCAUCCGCUCUGUGGUUGCUCUUCACAACCUCAUCAACAACAAGAUCCCCAACCGAGAUGCAGAGAAGAAGGAAGGCCAGGAAAAAGAUGACAGCAAGAAAGAGAAGAAAGAGGACAAGGAAAAAGAGAAGGGAGACACUAAGAAAGAUAAGAAGGACAAGAAAUGAAGCAAUGCUCAUUUCGGACUACGGACUGGCUUUUUUUUCUUUGUUCUCCCCACCUGUCAGACACUAUCUUUUUUUAAUGGAUUCAAAGAGUGAAGGGAAUUGGCUACAUGGUUAUCUACUCCACAUAAAUCUUAUUGUUUUUUAUUCUUAUGCAGCUCAUUUGGUUAAUGUUUCAACCAUUUUUAUUAAUUUCACAACAAACAUAUUACUAAUACAACAACAUUGGAAUUA